AUGAUGACCAUCACGAGCCCGAGCCCGGCCGUAGCAGGGCUGCUUUGCUCCCUGGCCGUGUUAGCCGUCUAUCGAAUCCUCCAGAUUGGAAAGCGAGAUCCGCGUAUGGGCCCUGGACCACCAACCAUCCCCAUCUUGCGCAACGUCCACAUGAUCCCUCGGACCGGGAUGUUCAUGCAGGAGGUCCUUCUCUCCCUGGCCGGUUUCAUGGCAUCUGCGAAUCCCAUGGCUCUGUCUGAUAAGAGGGUAGGUUUCGAGAAUGGGCCAAAGAAUACGGCUCGGUGUUCUCGCUCAAGCUGGGGACCGGCCAACAUGGUCGUUCUCUGCGAUCGAAAGGCUGUUCACGAUCUCCUAGACAAGAAGAGUAAGAUCUAUUCCGAUCGUCCAGAAAUAUACACGGGUCACUUGCUCAGCGGGGGCGGCCUGCUCUCCUUGUCUCCUGCAACCGCCGAGUGGAGGGAGAAGUGGAAGGUUGUUGCUCACAACUUUUCGCCGAAAAUGCUGGACGAGAAGCAUUUGAAGGUACAAGUAGCAGAGGUGACAGUCUUCAUGGAAAGCUUAUUGGAGUAUCCUAAAAGCUUCAAAGCUGCAUGGACAGAAGCACGAGCCAGAGUCGAAAAGCGCCGGGCGCAAGGCAUUCGCCGCGACUGUAUCAUCGAGCACCUUCUCGACGAAUAUGAGAGAAAGGGUUUCCCAUUCACCCAACGAGGGUUCAACUUGCUGAUGGGUGAAGUGAUGGAAGGCUCGGCAGAUACCACUGCGUCCCAGAUCUGCACUCUGAUUCUGGCCUUUGCACUUCACCCCGAGGUUCAGGAGAAAGGACGUAAAGAAGUCGAUGCUGUGUGUGGUACCGAGAGAUCACCCAAGUGGACAGAUUUCCAGAAAAUGCCAUAUGUGAACGCCAUUGUCAAGGAGGGAAUGCACUGGCAGCCAACAUCGCCAACCGCCCUUCCUCACGCCCUGAAAGAAGAUGAUUGGUAUGAAAACAUGUUUAUUCCCAAAGGCGCCAUUAUCCAAAUCGCCUCUUGGGCCAUGCACCAUGACGAGAACCUGUUUAAGAACGAAGACGACUUCAACCUAGAUCGCUAUAUUGGCUAUAUCCGAUUGGCCAACGACUGUGCCGGUAUUAUAUUAGUCAUGACUGGGAGCCCCAGAGACCACUUCGGCUACGGCGCCGGGAGACGGAUGUGCCCGGGAAUCGGGAAUCCAUCUUGCUGA